UGUGUGGCUUAGUGGCUGUCCUUCAUCUCCCAGUUUCGGCAAAGCUCGGGAAUACAACCAGAGCAAUCCUGAGAGUCUGCCCCCAGUUCGCAGGCGUUGGUGCGCAGCCCACUUGCUUCGCUUCCAGCGGUGCAACUCGCAGAGAUCCCAUUCCAGCACGCGGAGGGCGACAGCAGAGGGCCCUUUAAGGGGCGGGGCCAGCGCUUCCCUAAGACCACCUCCUCUGAUUUGACUCAGCGCUUGCUGGACUGGCUCGCGCCUUGGCCAACCGCUUUUUCUUUUCCUUCCCUUCUCUUCCCUGUUGACCCCGGAAGUGGAAGUCGGCGCAAGUCGGCGGCCGAGGGGGGACGGAAGGCGGAAGCAGAGUGUGAGCGGGAGGCGGAGCCGGGGGAGCUGCUCUCGUAGCUCCCCCUGGCCCCAGGCCCAGUUGCUCGAGGGGGAGGAGUUACCGCCGCUCUUCGGCAUCAGAACUUAUCAUGAUGGCUGUGACCUAAGACCCUCAGGAAGCCCCGGGGUCAUGGCCCAGAAGCACCCCGGAGAAGGAGGGUUGUGUGGAGCCCACCACAGUGGUGGUGCCCCCCUCAGGACUUUAGGACCCUCUGUGGACCCUGAAAUACUUUCAUUCUCAGGACUCAGGGAUUCAGCAGAGACUCCUAAUGGUACCCGCUGCCUCACAGAGCACUCUGGUCCUAAGUACACACAGCCCCCAAACCCAGCCCAUUGGUCGGAUCCAAGCCAUGGCCCCCCAAGGGGUCCAGGACCACCUAGGGACGGAGAAGACCCUGAUCAGAGUGAGGCAUCUUCAGAAGAAGAGUCAGGAGUGGACCAGGAACUCUCAAGGGAGAAUGGGGCUGGUUACCAGGAGGAUGGGAACCCUUCUUUUCUUUCCAUUCCAUCUGCUUGCAACUGCCAGGGAACCCCUGGAAUCCCUGAAGGGCCUUACUCUGACGGAGGAGAUGGCUCUUCUAGCAACUUUUGCCACCACUGUACCUCUCCAGCCUUGGGGGAAGAUGAAGAGUUGGAAGAGGAAUAUGAUGAUGAGGAACCUCUUAAGUUCCCCAGUGAUUUUUCACGUGUGUCCAGUGGAAAGAAGCCCCCAUCCCGCAAACAGCGGCACCGCUUUCCAACCAAGGAAGAUACUCGGGAGGGUGGACGUAGAGAUCCCAGAUCCCCUGGUCGACAUCGGCUAGGGCGGAAACGAAGUCAGGCAGAUAAGCGCAGAGGCCUGGGAUUGUGGGGAGCAGAGGAACUAUGCCAGCUUGGACAGGCGGGUUUCUGGGGGCUGAUUGAACUGCUGGUAUUGGUGGGAAAGUAUGUAGAAACUUGUGGCCAUCUCAUCUAUGCAUGCAGGCAGCUGAAAAGCAGUGAUCUGGACCUUUUUCGAGUUUGGGUGGGAAUCUGGGCAGGGCGGCUGGGUGGCUGGGCCCAGGUGAUAUUCCAAUUUCUAAGCCAGGGGUUUUACUAUGGGGCAGGGUUGUUUACCCGUCUCCUUAGGCUACUGGGUGCUUUGCUGCUUCUGGCUGUAGCCCUCUUUUUGGGCUGUCUACAGUUGGGCUGGCGGUUUCUGGUGGGACUUGGUGACCGAUUAGGCUGGAGGGAUAAGGCCACCUGGCUCUUCUCUUGGUGGGAUUCUCCUGCCUUGCAGCGUUGCUUGACGCUGUUGAGAGAUAGCAGGCUGUGGCAGCAGCUGGUAAGAAUAGUUCAGUGGGGCUGGCUGGAGUUGCCUUGGGUCAAACAGAGGACUAACAGGCAGGGGAAUACACCUGUAGCUAGUGGGCGCUACUGCCAGCCUGAAGAGGAAGUGGCUCGACUGUUGACCAUGGCUGGGGUUCCUGAGGAUGAGUUAAACCCUUUCCAUGUGCUGGGGGUUGAAGCUACAGCAUCAGAUGUUGAACUGAAGAAGGCCUAUAGACAGCUGGCAGUGAUGGUUCAUCCUGACAAAAAUCAUCAUCCGAGAGCUGAGGAGGCCUUCAAGGUAUUGCGGGCAGCUUGGGACAUUGUCAGCAAUGCUGAAAGGCGGAAGGAAUAUGAGAUGAAACGAAUGGCAGAGAAUGAGCUGAGCCGGUCAGUGAAUGAGUUUCUGUCCAAGCUACAAGAUGACCUCAAGGAGGCAAUGAAUACUAUGAUGUGUAGCCGAUGCCAAGGAAAGCAUAGGAGGUUUGAAAUGGACCGGGAACCUAAGAAUGCCAGAUACUGUGCUGAGUGUAAGAGGCUACAUCCCGCUGAAGAAGGAGACUUUUGGGCAGAGUCAAGCAUGUGGGGCCUCAAGAUCACCUACUUUGCAUUGAUGGAUGGAAAGGUGUAUGACAUUACAGAGUGGGCUGGAUGCCAGCGUGUAGGAAUCUCUCCAGAUACCCACAGAGUCCCCUAUCACAUCUCCUUUGGUUCUCGGAUCCCAGGCACCAGUGGACGGCAGAGAGCCACCCCAGAUUCCCCUCCUGCUGACCUUCAGGAUUUCUUGAGCCGGAUCUUUCAAGUACCCCCAGGCCAGAUGUCCAAUGGGAACUUAUUUGCAGCUCCUCAGCCUGGCCCCAGGGCCACUGCAGCCUCUAAGCCUAACAGCACAGUACCCAAGGGAGAAGCCAAACCGAAGCGGCGGAAGAAAGUUAGGAGGCCCUUCCAACGUUGACACCCCUUCUUUUCUUUCCUCAAAUCAAUGUCAGGGAGUCAAAAGGGCUGUGUACAGCACA